UCCAAGGGUAUGUGGUCCGGGCCCAACACUUUCGGUUCUCGGAGGAGCCGGGCCCGGGAGCCGAGGGGGCCGUGCUGGAGGUCCACGUCCCGCAGGUCCUGCAUCUCCAAUAUGGAAUGUAUGUCUGGCCCUGUGCUGUGGUCCUGGCCCAGUACCUGUGGUUUCACAGAAGGUCUCUGCCAGGCAAGGCAGUAUUGGAGAUUGGAGCUGGGGUGAGCCUUCCAGGAAUUCUGGCUGCAAAAUGUGGCGCUGAGGUAAUACUGUCAGACAACCAAGAACUGCCUCAUUCUCUAGAAAUCUGUCAGCAAAGCUGCCAAAUGAAUAACCUGCCACAGGUCCAGGUUGUAGGGCUAACAUGGGGCCACAUAUCUCCUGAUCUUCUGGCUCUACCACCACAGGAUGUUAUUCUUGCAUCUGAUGUAUUUUUUGAACCAGAAGACUUUGAAGACAUCUUAACUACAGUAUACUUUCUGAUGGAAAAGAACCCAAAGGUCCAAUUGUGGUCUACCUACCAGGUUAGAAGCGCUGACUGGUCACUUGAAGCUUUGCUCUAUAAAUGGGAUAUGAAAUGUGUCCACGUUCCUCUGCAGUCUUUUGAUGCAGACAGGGAAGAUAUAGCAGAGUCUGCCCUCCCAGGAAGACAUACUGUUGAAAUGCUGAUCAUCUCCUUUGCAAAGGGCAGCCUCUGACUCACACCUAUGAACAGUUUCACUGAGUAGCAAUGUGGCUUGAUGACCUACCAUUCAGGAGGCCAUUUUAGCUUUGAGGGUAAAAGCAGUGCGAUUUCAAGAUGGUAACAGCUGCUGGCCUUCGAUUACUAUGCUGGAUCACCUAGACAACACUCACGACUAACAAUCACGAAAACAAAAAUUAAAAGACUUGUGCAGAAAAGGAGUUGGACUGUUCCUCAGUCAUUACAUAGGGCACAAACCAGGUUUUGAGAGUGGUGGACUAAGAACCUCAAUAAAGUGCCACCAUAACAGUUCCAAUUCUCUUUAGGGCAAGUCAGCUACUUCACAUCUCGCGUUCACACUGAUACAGCCAGUGAUUUUCACAGAACAGGCACAGAAGUCUUUUCAAGUAAAUGGGGGGGGGGAGGAAAAAAAGACCAA